AUGGAAAACCAAGAGGGAACACAGCAACCGCAUCUCAUCCUCGCUCACAAGCUAUUCCUCUUGACUCACCCCGAUGUCCAAGACAUCGAGAAGGUCCGUUUGAAGGAGGAGGUUUUGACCGCUAUCAAAUCCGACGAUAUGGUUCCGUUGUAUGAAACCCUAGGGGCGGAAUCAUUGCUGGAGAAAGAUCAGAGUCUUUUGGAUUCGAUGCGAGCUAAGAAUGAAGAAGAGCUUAGAAAGCUCGAUGAGAAGAUCGCUGAUGCUGAAGAAAACUUAGGUGAAAGUGAAGUUCGAGAAGCUCAUUUAGCUAAGUCCUUAUUCUACAUUCGGAUUGGUGACAAGGAUAAAGCAUUGGAACAACUCAAGGUGACAGAAGGCAAAACAGUUGCAGUUGGACAAAGGAUGGACUUGGUGUUCUAUACACUACAGCUUGCCUUUUUCUACAUGGAUUUUGAUCUCAUUUCCAAGAGCAUUGACAAAGCAAAGAACUUGUUUGAAGAGGGAGGUGAUUGGGAAAGGAAGAACCGUUUAAAGGUUUAUGAAGGCUUGUAUUGCAUGUCUACUCGAAAUUUCAAGAAGGCAGCUGACUUAUUUUUAGAUUCUAUUUCAACUUUCACUACAUAUGAACUUUUCCCAUAUGAUACCUUCAUAUUUUAUACUGUCCUUACAAGCAUUAUAUCACUGGAUAGAGUUUCCUUGAAGCAAAAGGUGGUUGAUGCUCCUGAGAUCUUGACAGUGAUUGGGAAAAUCCAAUAUCUUUCAGAGUUUUUGAACUCUCUGUAUGAUUGUCAAUAUAAAUCAUUUUUCUCAGCAUUUGCUGGCCUGACUGAGCAAAUCAAACUGGACCGCUAUUUGCAUCCACACUUCCGAUAUUACAUGAGAGAGGUCAGAACAGUUGUCUAUUCUCAGUUCUUGGAAUCCUAUAAGAGUGUUACCAUUGAAGCAAUGGCAAAGGCUUUUGGGGUGACUGUGGAGUUCAUUGAUCUGGAACUAUCGCGUUUUAUUGCAGCAGGGAAGCUUCAUUGCAAGAUUGAUAAGGUUGCAGGUGUUCUUGAAACCAACCGCCCUGAUGCAAAGAACGCUCUCUACCAAGCAACUAUCAAGCAAGGGGACUUCUUAUUAAACCGGAUCCAGAAGCUGUCACGUGUAAUUGAUCUUUGA